AAUUCUUGCAACAACACGCAGCAACUUCAAUUGUAUAAAGGACAGAAAAGGACUGGUCAGCUAAAGGACUUACAGAUAUUGGCAAGGUACUCACUGAGUAUGUUUACUUCUCACCUGUACAAAGGCUGAUCCGCAGUGGUCACACCAUGGUAAAACGUGUCAUAGUAGCCUAUGCCCUGUGGGCAGGAGGUGGGCUUUUUGGCCUUCACCAUUUUUAUCUAGGAAGAGACAGCCAUGCCCUGUUAUGGAUGCUAACACUGGGAGGGUUUGGCAUUGGUUGGUUCCGAGAGAUUACACGUAUUCCUGCAUAUGUUGGUGAAGCUAAUCAACACACAGAGGAGGAGAGGAGAAGACCUUCAACAAUGGUGCCUCCACCAGUAAACCUUGUUAGAUUUGCUGGCCAGAUGUGCGUUGGAAUCUAUUUCGGUACCGUGGCUCUGAUUGGACUGAGCUCCCUCAGUUUCUUCCACUUGAUGGUCCUGCCUUUAUGUGUGGGUGCCGGCGUGCAUCUAGUGUCCACUGUUGGCCAACAGACAUCUGAUCUCUCAAAAACACUCACCGCUAGUCUGAUAACGUCCCCAAUAUUCUACGGCAGCACUUUAUCCCCACUUCCUAUUAGCCUGGCAGCCAGUAUCACAGCUGCACAAAAUUGCAGGUACAAGCAACCCCAGGCCCGAACACAGGAACUUGGUCCAAGGCUUUAUAGGCUGGGUCUUGCUUGGCUGGCCUUCUCAACUCCAUUAGCGUAUUGUGUUUUCCAUAAUACCACGGCCACGUUGUACUAUCUGUCGGACUGUGUGGCAGCAUUACUGGAUAUUUUCUGGUUUCUUCCUUGGCUCAGAAGUGUGGUGGAGUACAUUUUCCUAAUGCCAUAUCGUAUUCUGUGCGUCUUCACUGGAGGUGGGUACUAUGAAGAGGCCUUGAAAAAGAUGCUGGAAAUAUUGGUUGAAGACUACACUCAGCGUGAGAAAGAGGCCCUGGAAUUGUUGUCCUUGGGAUCAGAAGCCUCUCUUGAAGAGAUAACCCGUGGCUACAGGGAACUGGCUAAGGUGUGGCACCCAGACCACAACCCUAGUAAGGACGCUGAGGCAACGUUUGUAAAGCUCCACGAAGCAUAUGAGGUUCUUCUAAGGCGCCACAGGCCGGGUCGCUUCAAAUAGUCACACUUCUACCUCCCUGACUGGCCCAUAAAGUUGGCUCAGGGUCUUUGUGAAUAUAGAAAAAAUAUAUGUAUGUACAUAAUAAAUAUUGUCACCUGACAUCUUUGUACUUGGGCAGCACAGUGGCAGAGGGGUUAGUGCAUCUGCCUCACAGUACGAAGGUCCUGAGUAGUCUUGGGUUCAAUCCCGGGCUCGGGAUUUUUCUGUGUGGAGUUUGCAUGUUCUCCCCGUGACUGCGUGGGUUCCCUCCGGGUACUCCGGCUUCCUCCCACUUCCAAAAACAUGCACCUGGGGAUAGGUUGAUUGGCAACACUAAAUUGGCCCUAGUGUGUGAAUGUGUGUGUGAAUGUUGUCUGUCUAUCUGUGUUGGCCCUGUGAUGAGAUGCCGACUUGUCCAGGGUGUACCCCGCCUUCCGCCCGAUUGUAGCUGAGAUAGUCUCCAGCGUCCCCCGCGACCCCAAAAGGGAAUAAGCGGUAGGAAAUGGAUGGAUGGAUGGAUCUUUGUACUUGUCAGACAACAUUGCUGCUUUUAUAGUGGGGCUCUGUUUGGGAGGAAAAACAGCUAUUUGCUGACCCCUAGUGGCGUUUUGGUCGUAUCCCCCUUGAACUAAUGUAUCCCAAUGCACAGUACACCAUGAUCUAUGCGUGCUUGUUUGCUAUAGAAUGUUACAUUAGCAAAGUUUUGUAUUUUUCAUUUUCAAAACGUUCAAAUGGAUGUUAAAUGUAUCAUGUAAUAAAAACGAUGUAACCCAACCUAAGCAAUAAAAUAAGCAGACUCACCAAGCGUGUCAUUGCC